AAGACCGCUGCUCCGUGGUGGGAUGGUGUGUUAAAGCCACACAGAGGAAGUUACGCAGCCCGGAUCAGACCGGGAGAUAAAAGCCCCGAUGGUGAUCGUGAGUGAUGGCAAGAGGAUUUAGCCUCAGCAUUAACUUGGAGCGGAGUGCAGGGGGGCAGUGAAGCGCCCCGGCCAUCUGGCCCGCGCCGCGCCCCGGGGGGGGAUGCCCCGGCGCCCCGACGAGCCGCCGCGAAGCCCACCCGGGCCGGGGGCUGCCCGGUGCCCGAGCGCGGGUCCUCUCAGAGCCGCCCAGGGGGCCCCAAAAGUUUGCACUUGUUAGCGGCGACCUCCGGCUCGGCCCCCGGCGGGCGAUGCAGGCGGCGCGGGCGGCCCCCUCCCCCGGCCCGCGUCUCCGGGACGGCUGCGGGCGGCCCCCCCGGCGUCCGGAGGGCUCCCCAGCCCCGAUCUGACAGCCACAGAGGCGGCGGGGGGGAAGGAGCAGCGGCUCGCAGCCCUCGGCCUUCGCCCCCACCCAGCGCCAGCCAGACGGGGGAGGCAGAGCGCCGGAGGGUGGCGGCCUCCGGGGUCUCCGCUCCGGGAAGCCGCUCCGAGCCGGGGUUGUAAAAAUAGUCUCCAGGCGGAUUCUGAGAGUUUUCUAGCAAGGAGCACAUUCAAGGCCAGGAGGACUCUGUGACACCGUUUCUCUCGAAACGGCCAGAGGUGUUGUUGCUAAUGAGCUCUCUCUCCUCCCUCCCUACAAUGAAAGACAAGCCAGACCCCGGGUACCUGGAUGGAUUGGGAGCUGAAGUCUCAGAAACUUCCUGAUAAGUUGCUGAUGGCUACCAGCCAAGGCCAGAGGGUGGUUGUGCAGUUGUGUUGAGCACACAUCACACAUGAAAGGGCCCUUAAAAGAGCUGGAUUGAUUGGAAGGACAAAAAUUAAAAGCAAUCCGAUCCGGCCUCAUGCCAGAUCCCUGCGGACUCUCUCCAUCUCCCAUUUCCAUCCACGGUCACAAUUGGAGCGUUUGCCUGAUUUGAUCAGGUUCACCUCUGGGAGAGGGGUGAUGCCAAGGUGAGGAGGACGCCAAGUUGUGGGCAACUUCUUGAUCUGCCCAUCAGCACUCUGAGAAACGCCGGCUCUUGGUUUUCCGUAUCGGCCUCUUGGAAAAACCAAGUUUCCUCGCUGUUUGCAAGCUGGCCGAGUCCCUGGGACAUCUGGCCUCCGUCGCCCGGUAGAUGUGGCUCUUCCAUGCUGAGGCUGUGCGCCCUGCCUGAGCCAGCUGCCGCCUCACCGGGCCCCCUGCGGGCCGCGCCCCUGGGGACUGCGCCGCCAUGCUGCGCCUGCUGGUCCUCCUGCACUGCCUGCCGCUGGCCUCCGGGGACUACGACAUCUGCAAAUCCUGGGUGACCACGGACGAAGGCCCCACCUGGGAGUUCUAUGCCUGCCAGCCCAAGGUGAUGCGCCUGAAGGACUAUGUCAAGGUGAAGGUGGAGCCCUCUGGCAUCACAUGUGGAGACCCUCCGGAGAGAUUCUGCUCCCACGAGAACCCCUACCUGUGCAGCAACGAGUGUGACGCCUCCAACCCGGACCUGGCCCACCCGCCACGGCUCAUGUUCGACAGGGAGGACGAGGGCCUGGCCACCUACUGGCAGAGCGUCACGUGGAGCCGCUACCCCAGCCCGCUGGAGGCCAACAUCACCCUCUCGUGGAACAAGAGCGUGGAGCUGACGGACGACGUGGUUGUCACCUUCGAGUACGGCCGGCCCACCGCCAUGGUCCUGGAGAAGUCGCUGGACAACGGGCGGACGUGGCAGCCCUACCAGUUCUUCGCGGAGGACUGCAUGGAGGCCUUCGGCAUGCCUGCGCGGCGGGCGCGCGACCUGGCGGCGUCGGGCGCGCACCGGGUGCUGUGCACCGAGGAGUACUCGCGCUGGGCCGGCUCCAAGAAGGAGAAGCACGUGCGCUUCGAGGUGCGGGACCGCUUCGCCAUCUUCGCCGGCCCCGACCUGCGCAACAUGGACAACCUGUACACGCGGCUGGAGAGCGCCAAGGGCCUCAAGGAGUUCUUCACCCUCACCGACCUGCGCAUGAGGCUGCUGCGGCCGGCGCUGGGCGGCACCUACGUGCAGCGGGAGAACCUCUACAAGUACUUCUAUGCCAUCUCCAACAUCGAGGUCACCGGCAGGUGCCAGUGCAACCUGCACGCCAGCGUGUGCUCCGCGCGCGAGGGCAGCCUGCAGUGCGAGUGCGAGCACAACACCACGGGCCCCGACUGCGGCAAGUGCAAGAGGAGCUUCCGCACGCGGUCCUGGCGCGCCGGCUCCUACCUGCCGCUGCCCCACGGCUCUCCCAACGCGUGUGCCGCCGCGGGCUCCGCUGUCGGCAGCACCAGCAAGUCCCGGAAACAGCCUGUCCCCAAAGCCCCUGUGGCCACUGCGGCCAUUAGGGGGGACCCCACCUCUCCUAUACCCCCAACAUCCGCUGCCUGGGCCCCUGGGGCCCCCAGCACCCUACAGCCCACAGAGUGGAGCAGGCCAUCCACCGCUGCCCCGCUCUGGGCGAGCGUCCCUUGGCCCCAGGUGUCCUCCAAUGCAGAAGCUGCGGGCACCUCCGCUGUUGCCCCUGCCCCCGCCAAGGCCUCCAAACUUUUCCAGCUCAGGCCCAAAUCUCCUCAGGUGAUGCCUGUUGAAGAAUUCGAAGACUGCGAGUGCUACGGCCACUCCAACCGCUGCAGCUACAUCGACUUCCUGAACGUGGUGACCUGUGUGAGCUGCAAGCACAACACGCGGGGCCAGCACUGCCAGCACUGCCGCCUGGGCUACUACCGAAACGGCUCCGCGGAGCUGGACGACGAGAACGUGUGCAUCGAGUGUAACUGCAACCAGAUCGGCUCCGUGCACGACCGGUGCAACGAGACCGGCUUCUGCGAGUGCCGCGAGGGCGCGGCGGGGCCCAAGUGCGACGACUGCCUCCCCACGCACUACUGGCGCCAGGGCUGCUACCCCAACGUGUGCGACGACGACCAGCUGCUGUGCCAGAACGGGGGCACCUGCGUGCAGAACCAGCGCUGCGCCUGCCCACGUGGCUACACCGGCGCGCGCUGCGAGCUGCCCCGCUGCGACCCCGCCGACGACGAGGGCGGCCUGGACUGCGACCGCGCACCGGGGGCUGCCCCGCGCCCCGCCACCCUGCUCGGCUGCCUGCUGCUGCUGGGGCUGGCUGCCCGCCUGGACUGCUGAGCCCCGCGGAGGGCACCCCGGGCAGGGUGAGGGCCAGUCCGCGCGCCCUGUCGCGCCCUGCGCCCCUCGCCCGGAGAGCCGGGGGCCCCCGGGGGCCGGCGUCCGAGGCCUGGCGGUGAGAAGGGUGCGGCCUGAGCUGCUCCCAGGUGCUACUCAGCAGAGUCCUCCCGCCCCGUCCCCCCUACCCCAGUGGCACCUGCCCCCGCCCCUGCACGGCAGCGGGGGAUGCUGUGGGGUCCUGGCCCCAGCGGCCUGCGAUUUUGGUCUUAGUUUUUCUUUUAUAUUACCCACCGCCCCUUUCCUUUUUUUUUUUUUUUGCCGGCAGUGAGACCGAGGGUGGGGAGAAACGCUGCUCACCCCACACCCUCAGAUUCUGCCUCCUGCCACACACACGACUGUUGCAGACACCCCCAACGCCUGUCCCUGGCUCACCACCAGCCAGCGGACCCAAAGUCCAGUUGCCUACAACUCUAGUCGCUGACAAUUCUCUUUUCUAUUCUUGGUUUUCCUUUGCAACCCACCAGACCCCAGGCCUUUCCAGAGGUCUGGUGACCAAGGAGCUCAGUGUCUGGGGACAGGGAGGUAGGACGGAGGGUUGGGAGGGCCGGACGCUUCCUUUUGCAGAGAACUAUUCUUGUUUGUAUCAGCUGCCCCUGUGAAGGGGGCCCCCGGGCAGGGAUGCUGGUCGCCGUUGGGGAGGGGGGUGGUUGAUGGUGUGUAAUCUGACAGUAAAAAGUCUGCUCACUGCUGCCUCC